CGAUUCCUUUCCUUUUGCCCCUGCAUCUGAAACCAAACAGUAAUUUCUUCUUCCUCGUAGCGACCACCGGCACGAGAAUGGCGACCAACGGCCAUACCAGUGAGGCAGUUCGCUCGCCCAUCAUCAACCUGGGUUCAGAGGAGGCUCUCCCUGUCACUGUGGCCGAGCUCACGGCAGAGUGGUUCACCAAGACUCUUGGCCACAAGGUCAAAAGUGCCCAGAUCGUCAAAGAGAUCCACGGCACCGCUUCAAAGAUCCUGGUCGAGCUCCAGUACGAUGGCGACGACGCUGCUGCCACGCCACCCACCAAGCUGUGCGUCAAGGGCGGCUUCAACCCGACCGUGAUGAAGCUGUACCCUCCACUGGUGGCCUGCUUCCGGCUCGAGGUCUUCUUCUACGCCCACAUCGCGCCCAAGGUCCCCAUGAGACUGCCACAGGUGUACUACACCGGCACCGACACGGUCAACGGGCAGGGCCUCUUCAUCAUGCAGGACAUGACGGCGAUGGGCGCGACGUACGGCUCGACCCUGGAGCCCUGGCGGCCCGAGCGCGUCCGCGCCGGCGUCAAGCAGCUCGCCCUGCUGCACGCGCACGGCUGGGGCACCACCGAUGCCAACGUGGCGAGCCGGUUCCCGUGGUACGAGGCCUCCAGCUUCCGCGCGGUGCUCGAGUCCAUGUGGGCCCCGGAGCACUGGCAGGGCCGGUACUUUUCCGACGCGUGCCCGCCGGUCCACGAGGAGCUCAAGGACCGCGCGAGGGUCGUCGCCGCGUUCCACACCCUCUGGAGGACCAGCGACGCCAGGCUCCAGACCAUGUGCCACGGCGACCCCCACCUGAACAACACGUACAUGACUGCGGACGGGCGCCCGGGGUUCAUAGACUGGCAGGGCAUGCACCCGAACUCCGCGCUCCAUGAUGUCGUCUACUUCAUCACUGGGGCCAUGGAGGUGGAGGACCGGCGGAAGCACGAGCGGGAACUCCUGGGUGCGUACCUGGGCGACCUUGCCGAGGCUGGCGGCCCGCGGUUUGCCGUUGAUGAUGUAUGGGAUGAGUUUAGGAGGCAGCAGCUCCACGGGUUCGUGUGGUCGUUGACGCCACCCACGAUGCAGCCGAGAGAAGUGGUAGACACCUUUUCUGCAAGACACGCUGCUGCCAUCAAAGACCACGGCAGUCUGGAGUUGAUUGAGGCUCAUCCGGAUCACAAACCGUUGGAGGAGUAGUAGACCCGGUUGUCGUUGGAGCCAGCUAGUCAAAUAUAGUACUUGAA